AUGAUCCCUCCAAAGCAGCAAACCGCUCUGAAAAUCACCCCAGAAGGACGCAUCGCCGCAGUCCGAUGCUCUCUCCCAUCCCUCCAGAAUGACGAACUGCUCGUCCGCGUCAGAAGCAUCGCGUUGAACCCCUUCGACGCAAAAUCAGCCGAAAUGUCACCUACCGCCGGCGCAACUCUGGGGUGCGAUUUCGCAGGGGAUGUCGUCGCAACAGGCUCCGACACCAACAAGCUCAACUUCAGCAUGGGCGACCAAGUCUGCGGUUGUGUCUUCGGCAAUAAUCCAAAUAGGUUGGAUAAUGGUGCAUUCGCAGAGUACGUUGCUGUCCCGGCGGACUUAGUGUUUAGAAUUCCGGAGAAUAUGGACUACAAUGAGGCUGCGAAGUUGGGUGUAGGGCUGGCCACUGUAGGGAUGUCGCUAUAUCACUGUUUACAAUUGCCUAUGGAGCCUGAGCCGGCUGGCAAGUCGCCAUAUGUUCUGGUUUACGGCGGCUCAACGGCGACCGGGACGCUUGCGAUCCAAAUCCUUACGCGCUCUGGCUACACACCGAUAACGACCUGUUCGCCCCAUAAUUUCAAUUUGGUUCAAUCCCUCGGCGCCAUCGCAGCCUUCGACUACCACUCCCCAACAUGCGGGCGUCAAAUCCGUGAUUACUCUUCCGGCACUCUCUGCUACGCCCUCGACUGCAUCACAGACACACGGUCGAUGGCCGUCUGCUACGAGGCUAUCGGGUCAGCCGGCGGUCACUACCUCAGUCUCGACCCGUUCCCCAUCCGGGGACAUACGCGGCGAAGUGUCAAGCCGAACUGGGUGCUUAGCCUGACGAUGUACAAUCAGCCGAUUCCGUGGAAGAGGCCGUUUAAAAGGGAUGCGCGUCCGCAGGACCGAGAGUUUGCGAAGAGGUGGUUCCAGAUCGCUCAGAAAAUCAUCGAUGCGGGCGAGAUUAGGCCGCUCAAGUCGGAGGUGAGGGUUGGCAGAUGGAAUGGUAUACCGGAGGGCUUGGCUCUGCUACAAAGGGGAGAGGUUUCGGGAAGGAAGCUUGUGUAUGAGGUGGCGAGAAAUUAG